ACUAUGGAAUGUUUUGCCAAGUUUUUGUCAUGGUCGAUUUCAAUGAAUUAAGUAAUAACUCACAACCUUCUUACAUUCUUCAAACGCAGUAUAUUUGAUAAAAUAGCACUAAAUAGAUAAUUAACCAUGGAGGAAACUGAGAAUCAACCACAGAAAGAGACAAAGUCUAUAAACUUUAGUGUAAAUCCCAGUUUAAUAAGAGCAAUUCCAAAGGAUGAGAGAAAUGAAGAAUUGAAUGACCUGGAACUUGAAGUAUACGAUCAACAGCAAUUUGAAGAGGGAGUUCUGGAACAAAUUGACGAUGCUAUGCAAAGAGUUGAAGAACAACAGAUCCAGGAAGAAAUCCAACAAACUCGGGAUAAACUAGAAGCUGCCGAGCAGGAUAUUGAAGUGGCUAAGAAGAAGCAUGAUAAUAAAUUACUUGAUGAAACAAAAACGUCUUGCAAUAAACUUGGACAAAAACUGAAAUUCUUGAACCAAAAACUUAACGCCGUUAAGGAACCUGAACAGAAGUCAUCUCAAGACAUAUCUUUGCAAAAAGUUCUAGGUAUGGGCGGCAUUAAGGAGACUGACUUUGAAAGAAGAGUACGACUUGGAGAAAUUACCCCUUUUGGUACAUCCGUAUUGGAUUCAACAAAGAUACUAAAAAAGGACAGUCCUGGAUCAUCCAACAGCUUACAUAGCUACUUUCAGGACCAAUUAAAGAAGGCCAGAACUAAAGGAAAACAGACAGUGUCUCCUGCAAAAAAAGCCCUAGAUAAAAGUGUUAAAAACGUUAAAGAGUGGACGGCAUCCAAAAACAGAACUCCUGAAACAAUUUCAGAUAAAAUUAAUAAAAAGUUGAAGAAAGAUGUAAAAAAUUUAAAAAAAUUAAAAAUGAAACGAAAGAGUCAAAUUGCUGGCUCAAAGAUUGAUUACGCAGGCCAUAGUAAACAUAUUAGAAUUAAAAAUAAUACAGGAUACUCUGAUGAAGAAUUUAUUGCUCCAAGUGAUGAGUCCCCAGAUAACGAUGAUGAUGCAUGGAGCUCAUUAAAAAAAAAAAGGAAAAUUAAAAAGGCCCGAUGCCGCUCAGGAGGAAUUUAUAGUAAUCAUUCAAGAGUACCUCCAAAACGUUCUAAAUACCUUAUAAAUGGCGAAUUGAAUUUGGCCAUAGAUGACGGCGAUGAAUACUAUUUUCAGGAAAGACUCAAAGAUUGCGAAGCGAAGGAAACACAAGAACAGAAUGAAUUAAAUGAUGAAACAGAAGAAGAUGACAUAAAAUUCUCUGGCGGAUAUAAAAUCUGCAGAAAGCUAUGGAAUAAAUUAUACGAUUAUCAAAAGACUUGUGUAAAGUGGUUAUGGGAACUUCACGUUCAGCAAACCGGAGGUAUAAUAGCAGACGAGAUGGGUUUAGGAAAAACGAUCCAAAUAAUAUCUUUUCUAGCUGGUCUUGAUUAUACAAAUGCUAAAAAUUCCAAUGGAAUAGCCAGAUUUCAAGGUUUAGGCCCAUCCAUUAUUGUUUGUCCAGCAACUGUUCUACAUCAAUGGGUUAAGGAAGUACAUAUAUGGUGGCCUAAAUUUCGAGUAGCUAUUUUACAUUCAUCUGGAAGCUAUUCUACAACAGAGGCUGCUCUUGUUCGUAAAAUUGUAUCCUGUCAAGGAUUAAUAGUCACUUCUUAUCAAUCUCUCCUAAUCUAUCAAGAAAUCUUACAACAACAUCACUGGCAUUAUAUUGUUCUUGAUGAGGGCCAUAAAAUAAGAAACCCUGAUGCUCAAAUAACAAUCAUAUGCAAACAGUUUAAAACUCCUCAUCGAAUUAUUCUGUCAGGAUCUCCCGUACAAAACAACUUAAAAGAAUUAUGGAGUUUGUUCGAUUUUAUAUUUCCUGGAAAAUUAGGAACACUUCCGGACUUUAUGUCGACCUUUAACGUUCCAAUUGCUCAAGGAGGUUAUUCAACCGCUAAUGAAUUUGAAGUUGAAGCAGCUUAUAGAUGUGCUUGUAUUUUAAGAGAUACUAUUAGUCCUUAUAUGUUAAGAAGAAUGAAAUCAGACGUCAAUCGAUCAAUCAAGCUACCGCAAAAAAAUGAACAAGUACUUUUUUGUAGAUUAUCUCCCUAUCAAAGAGAUAUCUACAAAGAAUAUCUUGAGUCUAAAGAAUGUCAAAUGAUUAUGAAAGGAGAAUUUAUGCCGUUCCCUGGUCUUAUUACCCUUAGAAAAAUUUGCAAUCAUCCUGACAUAUCAACUGGAGGAUUAAAUCCACAAACUCAUCCAAAAGAAGCUGAAGAAAACCCUACCGCUUUAUCUUAUGGAUACUAUAAACGAUCUGGCAAAAUGAUAGUCUUGCAAUCUUUACUAAAGCUUUGGUACAAGCAGGAACAUAGAGUUUUAUUAUUUUCUCAAAGCAGGCAAAUGCUGAACAUUCUGGAGAAAUAUGUUAAAGAUAAAGAAUUUAAGUAUAUGAGAAUGGACGGAACGACUAACAUUGGAUCACGUCAAACACUCAUCUCGAAAUUUAAUAGCGAUCAGUCUAUAUUCAUAUUCCUUCUAACAACAAGAGUUGGUGGACUUGGAGUGAACUUAACGGGGGCAAACAGAGUGAUUAUUUUCGAUCCCGACUGGAAUCCGUCAACGGAUUCUCAGGCACGAGAACGAGCCUGGAGAAUCGGUCAGCAAAAAGAUGUAACAAUAUAUCGGUUAUUAACAACAGGAACAAUUGAAGAGAAAAUAUAUCAUCGCCAAAUUUUUAAACAGUUUCUCACAAAUAGAGUUUUACAAGAUCCAAAGCAAAGAAGAUUCUUCAAAAAGAAUGAUAUGCAUGAAUUAUUUACGCUUACAGAUGAUAUAAAAGGAAUCAGUGAAACGGAGGCAAUCUUUGCUGGCACCGGUAGUAUUUUGAAGGCAAAAAAGAAAAAUCGUUUUGAUGAAAUUCGGAAGGAAAAGAAAUUCAGUGAAGAAGAUUUUAUAGAUAAUGAAGGUAUAAUAAACGAAACUCCUGGUGAAAGUAAUGAGAAAAGCGAUAUACCAGAGGAGAAAUUGAAAGAACUAAGGAAAUUAGCCAAAUACUGGAGUAAGAAAUUAGAGGAAAAAAUGGCAGAAAACACUAAUAGUAAGGAAGAAUCAAAAGACGAACCUGAAUGUAGUAAAGCUGAAUCAAUUAAAUUACAGAAAAAACCAAAAGCUAAAAAGAGAAAAGACGCAAAAAUUGACGGCGAACGAAUUGACUAUCUAGCUAAAAAGCGUGUUUAUAAGCAGCAGUCUUCUACUGAAACUACACAAAAAUCUACUGAUCAAGAUGAUUAUGUUCUUCAGAAAUUACUUAAGCGAUCCGGUGUACACACAGCCAUGCGUCACGAUAAAAUUGUUGGAGCCAGCAAUCCUGACUACAUGCUGGUUGAAAAUGAAGCAAAUAGAGUGGCUCGAGAAGCAGUUAAAGUUUUGAAGCAGUCAAGGGCAAGAUGUAAACUUGCGUCAAUAGGAACUCCUACUUGGACUGGAAAAAGCGGUGCUGCUGGAGCUCCACCUCUUAAGAGAUUCGGUAAAAAAGCAGAAACAGAGAAACUAGUUAAAAGCAAUUCAGAACCAACUUUUAGUGGUGGGAUCGCAGGAAGUAGCAAACUAGACGAUAAUAAACUAAAUGAGCCUAUGUCGUCGAAUUUCCUUCUAUCUCAGAUGAGAGCUCGAAAUCUUAGAAUGCAGGAAAGCGAAGAUGAAUUGGACGAAGAAAACUUGGUCAAAGAAGAGUUAACUUCAGUAUCUAAUGCUGAUAAGGAGCUACUUGAUGAUAUUAGAAUUUUUGUGUCAUUUGGCGCAAGCAUCGAUGGACAAGCUACUACAGACGAAAUAGUUCAACAAUUCAGAGAUCGAAUUAGCAAACAAGACAAUGCGAAAUUUAAGGCUAUGUUAAGGCAAGUCUGCGUUUUUGAAAGGGACCCAAGAAGAAAUGGGAUAUGGAAAUUGAAAGAAGAAUUUGUGGGUUAA